AGCUCUUUAGUCGUGGAACUCGAGAGCUACGUAUGAUUCUCGCCUGCUCUCACGUCUUCGACUGCUGCAGGCUCGCCAUGAGGAGGAACGCUCUCGUCUUCGUCCUGGUCGGACUGGCACUGACCAUCACCCUGCUCUCCUUCGAUGAGGUGCGACGAGCCCCAAGCGGAGGUUUGUCUAGCUUCGAGGUGACGGCGAGGCCAGCAAGAGUUUCUUUUGCGGGGCCGGAAAACGCUCCAACAGCGGGAGACGGGGACGUGAAGAAUCUGCCAUCGGCGGGAGACUGGAACGAGAAGACUCUGCCGCCAGCGUUGAGCCACGGGGAGAAAAUCGCAGGAAACGACACCCGACUGGUGACCCACCUGCGGCAGAGCGUCCUCCACCACUCCAACUCCGACGGCCACCCCUACCCCUUCGACAGCGGACCCAAGGGGGAGCAUUUCACACAGUCUAAAGAGGAGUCGCGGCUGCUCCAGGAUUUGUUUUCUAACAUAACCAGGGGAUUUUUCAUCGAAGCAGGGGCAUUCAACGGAUUCGUCUAUUCGAAUACUCUCUGGCUGGAACUCGAAAGGAAUUGGACCGGACUGCUGAUAGAACCGACGAAAUCGGCCUACAAUUCGCUCGAGAGCCUGCAGAGGAAGGCGUGGAUCGCUCAUUCGUGCCUCAGCGACGCACCGCAUCCAAAGAAGGUGAUCGUGGAAGAUCGAACGAUGUGGACCGACUUGAGGCGAAACGCGACUAAUGUGACGGGCGAGGAUUUGAUCUGCUACCCGUUGGAGACCUUCUUGAUCGCACUGGACGUGAAAACCGUGGAUUUUUUCAGCCUGGAUGUGGAGGGCAUGGAUUACGGAGUUCUCGCCACCAUUCCUUUCCACAUAUUUCGAUUCGAGGUGCUCAUGGUGGAGACGGACAAAGGGAACAGAGAGGAAAUUCUGGCGCUGAUGGCCUCGAAGAAUUACACUCACUUCAUGACAACCGGACCCGAAGACAUAUUUGUGCCCAAUGACGCGAAGUACAUCAAGUUACGAAACGAGACUGAUCCGUUGAAGAGUCUCCCCAUCGAUCUGAGAGAAGUCGCCAAUCAAUCAACACGAUUCCCUUAA